GACUGUCGACUAUCUGGCAACCCUGAUUAGUCACUCGUACACUGGACUUUAUGCUAAGAGCAUCAUUAACCCUAUCACAGUAUUGUUUAUGUGUAUCUGGUGUCCGAGUCUACACAGGAGUAUAAUUGCCUGCGCUGUGGGUACUGCUGUGUUCGUAUAUUUCUGGAGUAUUAUCGCCUCGAAGCAAGAUAUCCCAUUGGAUAAGAAAGCUGAGGAGGCUAAGAAAUUUAUUUUGGAAGAGAGUCCAGAGCUUCAGAUUUAUAUCCUACCUGAAGACUCCAUGAUGACAAUGGAUUAUAGGACAGAUCGCGUACGAAUCUUCAUUGAUGAGAACCAGAUUGUUGUCAAACCACCUAAGGUCGGCUAGGGAUCCUAACACACUGGACAUACAGCUGUAGAUAUUAAAUGAUACAAUAUCUAUAAUACUGCAACCAAUAUGGUUGGCUUAUUUUUCAUUUUAUUCCAAAAUUCCAUUUUAUUCCAAAAUACCAAAAUAUUUUUUAGUAUUACAAUAAAUAAUGCAAUAUAAUUUUUCAAUGGCCUUUUAUAGAAGACAAAACCUAUAUAUUUAUAUAUUUCACAUCAGAUAUAAAUGACAUUUUAAAAUUCAUAGUGCAAUUGACUAAGGUACUCAUAGUAACACAAUAUGUUUUACCAGUUAUUUAAACUCAAAUAUGCCUUUAAGGUUGCAGUGCGCACCCUCAUUGUUUAUCAUGAAUGUACAGUACUGUUUAAACAAAUAAGCAAUUCUGCCAGCUAAAUAUCUUUUUGGGUGUAACAUUCCAAAAUUAGUAAAAGCUUUACCAUGUCUCUGCCUAUCAAAAUAACAUUAUUUUGAUUGAAAACCCUUAAUAUUGUGGUCUAAAAGCGCACAAAUUUGUUCAAUACUAAGCCAUAAACUCUCCACAUGAACCCUUCCGGGGUUUUUUUAUUCUGGGCCCUGACCGAGGUUCUAGUCGGCCUCUUGGUUCAGACCCCACCCCAACUGUUGGCAAAUUUCUGGAUCCACCACUGCAUAUGCGGUAGACUCUAGUUUACUGUUGUCUUCCAAUAAUAAUGACAUGAUUGUGAUUUUUAUGACAUAUUAUUUUCAAAUUUCACCAUGAAAUAUUUUUAUAAAUUAAAAAACUGUGUUUAAUUAAAUGCUUUGUAUGGAAAUAUUUAUGUGAUGUUAAAUUUGAUUUAUUUAAUUGUGCUAAGAUAAUGCACAAUAAUGUGAUAAUAUUAAAAAUGUGGUAUUUUUAGAUGAAUAAACAUUUUCUGCAUCUGAGUA